AUGGCUGUUUCUACCGUCUCUCAUCCCGCGCCCGACCUUGUCCUAACCGACCUUGGCGCAUCGUCCAAGCGUAUCACCCCUCUUGCUUCUGCUACUAUCCCUCACAACUCGCCUCAGCUCGAAGGCACGCCACUCAACCCAUCUCAGCAGCAGCUUGCUCUGGACGCCCUGGUUCCUGCUUCAGCCUUGUCCACUUCUUCGCAACCUUUUUCACCGAUCUCCAAUUCGCCCCAGCCUAUGCAACCCACAAAGAGCUCGCCUGCCACUCCUACGUCUCUCGUCAAGCACAGCGAGCUGACUCCCUCUCCGCGUGAUCGUUCAGCCGCUUCGGGAUCCGCUUCCUCUUCUACUCCCGCUUCGUCUACCACCCCUGCCCUGCCACCCAAAGUGGCUCCCGUCAUGGCCGGCAUGGGCACUCUACCGCCCAACGUCCCUCCUCCUUCCGCCUCUGCCUCUGCCUCUACUUCAGCCUUCUCAGCCUCUGACACGCUGCGCGCCAUCCCUACCAACAAGAACAACCCUGCUUUCCUCAACAAGCUUCGAAGCAUGGUGGAUGAUCCCAACACCGACGAGCUCAUCCGCUGGUCUCCCGACGGCGCCUCCUUCUUCGUACCCAACCACGUCCGUUUCGGUGACCAAGUGCUUCCUCGCUUCUUCAAGCACAAUCGCUUCUCCUCGUUUGUCCGUCAACUCAACAUGUACGGCUUCCACAAGGUGCCUCAUCUCCAACAGGGCGCGCUCAAGCAUGACUCUCCCCAGGAGAGCGAGCUCUGGGAAUUCUCCAAUCCCCACUUCCACCGCGAUCACCCAGACUGGCUCUCCAAAGUGCAGCGCAAAAAGGGUCCUCGCGACGACAAGGACAACCACGCCGACCGCGAAGCCAGCGCCACCACUGGCCAGGAACUCAUGCAUGCCGGCGCUCUCAUGCGUACCGAUUUCGGCAUGAACAACCUUGGCGCCGAUGCCAACGCCGACGGCGCCCUUCAGCUCGCUAGUGUUCUCAACGCCAUCAACGCCAUCAAGAAUGCUCAAACCAGCAUCAGCGCCGAUCUACGCCAUCUUCAAAACUCCAACCAGAACCUGUGGCAGGAAGCCGUAGAGUCCCGACAGCGCGCCAAGCGUCAGCAAGAGACCAUCAACAAGAUCCUUCGUUUUCUCGCCGGCGUUUUCGGUAAUCAAGAAGACACAGAGACUCCGGUCCCAGGAAAAAAGGUAUCUGGAAAAGCUCGUGCUGGAAAAAGAGUUGGCGUAAGACCGCAGCAGCAGCAGCAGCAACAACAACAACACCAACAACACCAACAACAACGAAGCAAGAGCCGUCUCAUGAUAGAGGACGGCAACGCUUCUUCCUCUUCGAGCCACCGUGGCAUUCAAGGCCUGGAUCUGCCGCUCGACCAAGAAGAGAUCGAAGAGAUGCCUUACCAUCUUCGAUUCCAGGAGGCCAGCAAUAGCGACUCGCCCAAAGUCCAAAGCCCCUCGGCCAACCUUGGCGCUUCAAGGUUCACACAGAUCGGCUCACCGCCCAGCAGCUCCAGUGCGGCCGACUUUGGAAGGCAGCUUUCUGAAGCCGUUUCCACACCGGGCGGCUCGAGGAGGCUCUCGUCCCAGGCAAGCAACCAGGUGCUCAACGCACUAGCAUCGGGCGAGGGCAAUGCCUGGCUUGCAAGUCUGUUUGGUGCCAGCUUGGCCAACCAGGGCUCCAAGUCGACCGGUCCCGCCUCGGGCGGAGGUCUGAAGCUCGAUCCACACAUGGUGGCCGCCCUUCAGCAGGCAUUGGCGAGUGCUGGUGGUGUCAACAGCGCCAGUGACAACACAGGAGACUACUUUGGCAGUACAACCGGUGCGCCAGCCGAUGAUGGUUCGUCUCGCUUCUCCGCUUUCCCGUCGUCUUCUUCCAACGCUUCUGCUGUCUCCUCGUCCAACUCGGCACAGGCCAACGCACUCGGACUGGAUGCUGAUGCGCUCGCUCGAUUUGGGGCCAGCAUCUCGCACGCACUCGUGCAAUCGCCGGCUCGCCCAAAUCCAAACGCCGGUGCAUCCAACACGCAACCAACCAACUACAGUGUCACCUCGCCCAGCAAAGGCGGAUCAGCCAACCUGUUCGAUAUGGGCAACGACGAGGUAACAAGCAGCGGUAAUAACAACCAGCAACUUGCACUGUCGCUGUCUAGAGCAACGCGCGAUCUGCAGAACACUUCGAGCGACGUGGAUCAGGUGCAGAGCAGCAUCAACUCGCUCAUUCAAGGUCUGCAGGGAAUUGCAGGGCAAGCACCGGCGUCGGCGUCGGCGUCGGCGUCGGAUAGAGCAGCGGUGGUGCCGUGGCAGACGACGUCGGGAGCUGCGUUUGAUGCGGCGCCGGCGACAUUUGGCGAUGCGAGUGGCUCGGCUUCGGUUGGCAACCAGUUCGAAGCGCCUAGUGGUACAACACCGCCUUCGUCGACGGUUGACGUUGGUGCGACGUCUGGUACGAAUGCUGGCAUGGACGAUUUCGACGUCGACUCGUUCCUCAGUCAAUUUGUUGAUUCUUCGCAAGCUCCCGGUGGAGGCGUCACGAGUCCGACACCGAACAACGCAUAUGGCGAAUCGCCCUCGUUUGCCUUUUCGCCUGCCACCACCGCUGCGUUCCUGCAUGGCGCUGCAACAUCCGCAUCGGAUCUACCAUACGCUCAACAGCUCACGUCCAAAGCCGAGUCGGGCACCAGCUCCAACAGCUCGAGUAGUCGCUUGAAUGGUAAAGCGGAUUCCAACGCGCCCAAGAAGAGGAAACCCUCCACGUCCGGCGUCGAACUCGCCGUCGAUGUCGAUAUGCCCGAUAGACCGCUUAAAAAGUCGGGCAGGAAAGCUUGA